UUCUCGAAAAUACACCCGGCCCUCUAUUUUGAAGUCUCCCUAUUCUGCCUCUAUUCCGAAGUUUCCGGACAAUUCCGCGCUAACCUAUAUUCUGAAUGGCUACAUUCAGCAGAUUCAACAGUCGAGUGAGCGCUCGUUGUUAUUGGUGUAUUCUUCUAAAUUUAAAGGUCUGAUUGGAUGAUCUAGAAGAAUACCUCAACAUGUUUGAUGUUGAGUCUGCUGGAUGCUGCUGGACGCGGCCAUUGAUAGUUCUGAAACAGCUGUCCCUCCCUUCUCUUUUCCUCCUUUUAAAUUUUCACUCCCUUUAAUCUUACUUAUCACGUGGCUAUCGUAAAUGUCGGAAAAAUAAGAAUUAAAAGGCAAAAUGUGCCUGAAGAACGCGCUGAUGUUACAUUUAUCAUACGUCGAGCCAUUCAGAUAAAUUGUACGAUAGAGAAUUUUAGGAUCACCCAAAAAGCUUCAUUUUCGUUAGCCAAUCAGUGCGAAACAUCACACUGAAAUAGAAUUCCUUGAUGACUCUUCUCUAGUUGCUUUUCUACCAUCAUGCCUGGGUUAUGUUGAGUAUCUCGUGUAAACAACAGUUUUUGGUUAUGGCCUCGUCUCCGAAUUUUGAUUUAAAAGAACGACUGGAUAUUAGUUUUAAAGAUACAGCGGCUCUAAGUUCAUUAUGCAAAAAUAUAGCUUCCGAAAUAAAAUCAGGUUCUAUGAAACUCUGCACCUUAGUGGAGAUACUAGGUUCUUACAUGACAGACCAAAAUGUGCUCACGAGGGAAAAGGGGGUUACAGCCCUGUCUUUUGUCUUGUCGCAGCUACCCCAAGAUUAUCUGACUGAAUCAGAAUUGCAUUUCAUUAUUACGUUUUAUUGCGAUAGGAUGAAGGAUCAUUAUAGUAUUAUACCAUCUGUACUACAUGGUAUUCAAGCAAUUGUGAACAUGACCCAUUUACCUCAAAAUGCAUCAUCAUCCUUAUUAAGAGUUAUGUUUGAGCACGUUCAAUGCCAAUCUCAGUUGUUACCUGAACGUCGCAUAAUAUAUCUAGUACUUAAAAAUUUACUAGAAAAUAGAUCAGAUGAUUUGAGAUCUAUGGGACCAGACUUAGUUUAUGGUGUUAUCAGUUCCAUGGAUGGUGAAAGAGAUCCAAAUAAUCUCAUAUUAAUAUUCAAUAUGCUACCACGUUUUAUAAAAGAAUUUCCAUUAGGUCAUUUAACUGAAGAAAUGUUUGAAGUUGUGGCAUGCUAUUUUCCAGUUGAUUUUAAUCCUUCCGGCGAAAAUAUAAAUGUGACUCGGGAAGAUUUGGCAGAAAAAUUGAUGCCUUGCUUAUGUGCUGUUCCAGAAUUUGCAGAUUAUUGCUUACCUCUUGUAAUUGAUAAAUUGAGUUCUACUCUCAUGGUUGCUAAACUUGAUUCUUUAAAUCUAUUACGUGAAAGUGUUCAAACGUUUGGGUUGUCAAAAAUAGAAUCUUAUCUACCAGACUUGUGGACAAUUUUGCAGAAAGAAAUAGUGUCCGGAAGAGACAUUAAAAUAAGAGAUGCUGCUUUACAAGCAAUAACGUCUUUAAUUAAAGUUAUGUUAGUUAAUGAAACUGUUUGUAAAAAUUUCAUUGACAAGAUAAUCGCCGAUAUAAAAUGGUCGUUGUGCGAUGUGCAACUUAGUUUGUAUAGACCCUGCCAAACACUAUUGGAAACAAUAGCCACAGUUGACAAAAUGAUGUGUAUACACAUCUUGAAAAUUGCAAUACCUCUAUGUAUUGGACAAUAUUCUACAAAAACUUCGUUAAAUGACAAAAUUGCAUUGAUAGAAACAUUAAAUAAUUGGAUGAAGAUAUGUUCCAAUCACGAUUUUUGCAUUCAAGAUGUUCCAGAGUUAUCAUGGACAAAUGUACCUCAAAUGUAUUUAGAUGACUUAACAAUAGAGAAUACUGAAUUAAAAAGUAAAAUAUUCUUUGGUUUAACAAUUCAAAAGGCAUACUUAAAUGAUGUGCAACGUUCUAUGUUAUAUAAUGCGGUAUGCAAUGAAAUUGAAACAGGAUGCGAUAAAAUACAAAUUGUAUGUCAUACAACUAUUAUAGAUUUUGCAACGUUAUAUCUUGAAGAAAUAUCAAUGUUAGUUAAAGAGAGAUUGUUAUCAAAUAUAGAUGAAACGAAGAUGGAAUUAUUAAAACGUAGAAUAAAAGCUUUAGCAGCGAUUGCUAAAAUACCUGAACUGGGUUGUGUAAUACUCCCAAAAAUAGUUACAAUGAUAACAAAUACUGUUAAUACUGAUAUAUGUGUCACAGCAUUACAGAAUAUCCAGAAGUUGGUUACUCUAAAGAAAUCUGAUUACAAUAUACAUGAAUUUCUAUAUAAGGAAUGCCAUAUUAUUGAUAAAUUAAUUUUAUACGAAACCAAUGUUGUCGAUUCUAAAAUGUUGAUAUCUAAUAUAUGCCAGUUAAUUAUACGAAAUCUUACAAUUGAGGAACAACGUGUGAUUGUAGAGAAAUACGCUGUGGCUUUAAAUACAAAAAUUCCCGAAACUGAUGUAACUGUAAUGAUGAAUCUUUUUAUUUCUUUACGAAAAAAUAUUGACCUGAAUAUAAAUAAUAAUAUGGUGGAAAAUCUGUAUAAUCUAGCAACUAGCAAUUGCAAUGUGGAUAUAAGGCAAACGAGCUGUAAAUUUUUAUCUGUGUUAUUAAAUAAAAUGAAAGUGUCAGAUCUUGAUAGGGUUGUAUCUUAUCUAGAAGACAAAAUAAAUAAUAAUUUAAGUGCAAACAAUGACAUCAAAUUAAAGCAACAUACAGUUAAUUUUCAAAUUUGGAUGACUAAAGCACUUGUCAUGAGAGGAUAUGCAAAAUCUCAAUACUUUCUGGAGAAUCUUUCACACCUAUUAAGUCACGAUGAACUAGGUCAAUUUACAGGUGAACAAUAUCAAAUUUUAGUAAGUAAAUAUGAGGAUAUUUUGAUAACGGAAAAUUUCUGCGACGUAAAAAUCUUUUACAAACAAAGAGUGUUUGAACAUUUGUUGCGACAAAAUAUUAACUUUACAAAAACAAUGAGACAGAAUUAUCUUAUUGCUUUGGUACAUUUAUUAGAACAAAUACCUGAAGAAUUAUUAUUUUUGCAUUUAACCGAGUUGGUGCCACUGUUGAUCGAGUCUCUAUCGCUUAGCAAUGAACAUUUAGUGCUCUGGACAUUGAUAUCACUCAAACUUUUUCUUAAUACGAAACAUGAUGUUUUUUCUGAUAAUUUACAAUGUGUAAUACCGAGGCUGAUGCAGUUAUCAAUGCAUCGGAUUAUGGGUGUCAGAAUUGCGGCUCUAGAAUGCUUAGCCCAUUGUGCUAAUUAUCCUGUUAUUCUAAUAAACCCCUACAAGGAGACAGUAUUAGACAAAUUGGGGAUAAUAAUCGAUGAUCGCAAACGCUUAGUUAGAAAAGCUGCAGUGGAAGCAAGAACACGAUGGUACUUAGUGGGUGCAUCUGGAGACUAGACAAAGGAAUAAGAGAUAAUAAUUUGGUUCUAUAUAGAUGUAUCUAACGCGAUUUUAUAGAUAUUUUUUGCACUUACUUUAUAUACAUUUAAAAAAAUGUAAAUUUUUCAUUAUCAAAUAUUAACAUGUUAUAUCUAAA